UGCACCCGGGCCGGCCGGCAAGCGCACACCCCGGCGAAUCUCCCUGCGCAGCCUCUGAUACCGCGGCCUCCCGGGCGCACCGCUCUCCCCGCGCCUCUCCAGCGUUCCUCCGGUCGCUGUGUCCUUGCUUCCAGUCCCAGCUGCUGCACCCGUUUCCACACAGGCUCUCUGUUGGGCACAAACGCUCCACCAUGGGGCUGGCCUGGGGACUCAGUGUCCUGUUCCUGUUGCAUGUGUGUGGCUCCAACCGCAUUCCAGAGUCUGGGGGAGACAACAGCGUCUUUGACAUCUUUGAACUCACCGGGGCUGCCCGAAAGGGCUCUGGGCGCCGACUAGUGAAGGGUCCUGACCCUUCCAGCCCAGCUUUCCGCAUUGAGGAUGCCAACCUGAUCCCCCCUGUCCCUGAUGACAAGUUCCAAGACCUAGUGGAUGCUGUGCGAGCAGAGAAAGGUUUCCUCCUCCUGGCCUCCCUGAGGCAAAUGAAGAAGACCCGGGGCACGCUGCUGGCCGUGGAGCGGAAAGACCAUUCUGGCCAGGUCUUCAGCGUGGUCUCCAACGGCAAGGCGGGCACCCUGGACCUGAGCCUGACCGUGCAGGGGAAGCAGCAGGUGGUGUCAGUGGAGGAAGCCCUCCUGGCCACUGGCCAGUGGAAGAGCAUCACCCUAUUUGUGCAGGAGGACAGGGCCCAGCUGUACAUCGACUGCGAGAAGAUGGAGAAUGCCGAGCUGGACGUUCCCAUCCAAAGCAUCUUCACCAGGGACCUGGCCAGCAUCGCCAAUCUCCGCAUCGCAAAAGGAGGUGUCAAUGACAACUUUCAGGGGGUGCUGCAAAACGUGAGGUUUGUCUUUGGAACCACACCAGAAGACAUCCUCAGGAACAAAGGUUGCUCCAGCUCUACCAAUGUCCUUCUCACCCUGGACAACAAUGUGGUGAAUGGGUCCAGCCCCGCCAUCCGCACCAACUACAUUGGCCACAAGACGAAGGAUCUGCAAGCCAUCUGCGGCAUCUCCUGUGAUGAGCUGUCCAGCAUGGUCCUGGAGCUCAGGGGCCUGCGCACCAUUGUGACCACGCUGCAGGACAGCAUCCGCAAAGUGACUGAAGAGAACAAAGAGUUGGCCAGUGAGCUGAGGAGGCCCCCCCUCUGCUACCACAACGGAGUCCAGUACAGGAAUAAUGAGGAGUGGACAGUGGACAGCUGCACUGAGUGUCGUUGUCAGAACUCAGUUACCAUCUGCAAAAAAGUGUCCUGCCCCAUCAUGCCCUGCUCUAAUGCCACAGUUCCUGAUGGAGAAUGCUGCCCUCGGUGUUGGCCCAGCGACUCUGCUGACGAUGGCUGGUCCCCAUGGUCUGAGUGGACCUCUUGCUCUGUGACAUGUGGCAAUGGCAUCCAGCAGCGUGGCCGCUCCUGUGACAGCCUCAACAACAGAUGCGAGGGCUCCUCCGUGCAGACUCGGACCUGCCACAUUCAGGAGUGUGACAAGAGAUUUAAACAGGAUGGCGGCUGGAGCCACUGGUCCCCGUGGUCGUCUUGUUCUGUCACAUGUGGAGAUGGUGUGAUCACAAGGAUCCGGCUCUGCAACUCUCCCAGUCCCCAGAUGAAUGGGAAGCCAUGUGAGGGUGAAGCUCGGGAGACCAAAGCCUGCCAGAGAGACGCCUGCCCCAUCAAUGGAGGCUGGGGACCCUGGUCACCAUGGGACAUCUGUUCCGUCACCUGUGGAGGAGGGGUACAGAAACGUAGCCGGCUCUGUAACAACCCUGCACCCCAGUUUGGAGGCAAGGACUGCGUUGGUGAUGAGACAGAAAAUCAGAUCUGCAACAAGCAGGACUGUCCCAUUGAUGGAUGCCUGUCCAAUCCUUGCUUUGCUGGUGCCAAGUGUACCAGCUACCCUGAUGGCAGCUGGAAGUGCGGUGCUUGUCCCCCUGGCUACAGUGGAAAUGGCAUCCAGUGCGAAGAUGUUGAUGAGUGCAAAGAAGUCCCUGAUGCCUGCUUCAACCACAAUGGAGAGCACAGGUGUAAGAACACAGAUCCUGGCUACAACUGCCUGCCCUGCCCACCACGUUUCACUGGCUCCCAGCCCUUUGGCCGCAGUGUGGAAUACGCCACCGCCAACAAACAGGUGUGCAAGCCCCGUAACCCCUGCACAGAUGGGACGCACGACUGUAACAAGAAUGCCAAGUGCAACUACCUGGGCCACUACAGCGACCCGAUGUACCGCUGCGAGUGUAAGCCUGGUUACGCGGGCAAUGGCAUCAUCUGUGGGGAGGACACGGACCUGGACGGCUGGCCCAACGAGGACCUGGUGUGCGUGGCCAAUGCAACUUACCACUGCAAAAAGGAUAAUUGCCCCAACCUUCCCAACUCAGGGCAGGAAGACUAUGACAAGGAUGGAAUCGGCGAUGCCUGCGAUGAUGACGAUGACAAUGAUAAAAUUCCAGAUGACAGGGACAACUGUCCAUUCCAUUACAACCCAGCCCAGUACGACUAUGACAGAGAUGAUGUGGGAGACCGCUGUGACAACUGCCCCUACAACCACAACCCAGACCAGGCUGACACAGACAACAAUGGGGAAGGAGACGCCUGCGCAGCUGACAUUGAUGGGGAUGGUAUCCUCAACGAACGAGACAACUGCCAGUAUGUCUACAACGUGGACCAGAGAGACACCGACAUGGAUGGGGUUGGCGAUCAGUGUGACAACUGCCCCUUGGAACACAAUCCAGAUCAGCUUGACUCUGACUCAGACCGCAUUGGAGACACCUGUGACAACAAUCAGGAUAUUGAUGAAGAUGGCCAUCAGAACAACCUGGACAACUGUCCCUAUGUGCCCAACGCCAACCAGGCUGACCACGACAAGGAUGGCAAGGGUGAUGCCUGCGACCAUGACGACGACAAUGACGGCAUCCCUGAUGACAGGGACAACUGCCGGCUUGUGCCCAAUCCUGACCAGAAGGAUUCUGAUGGGGAUGGUCGAGGUGAUGCUUGCAAAGAUGAUUUUGACCAUGACAAUGUGCCAGACAUCGAUGACAUCUGUCCUGAAAAUGUUGACAUCAGUGAGACUGAUUUCCGCCGAUUCCAGAUGAUUCCUCUAGAUCCCAAAGGGACAUCCCAGAAUGACCCUAACUGGGUUGUACGCCAUCAGGGUAAAGAACUCGUCCAGACUGUCAACUGUGACCCUGGACUUGCUGUAGGUUAUGAUGAGUUUAACGCUGUGGACUUCAGUGGCACCUUUUUCAUCAACACCGAAAGGGAUGAUGACUAUGCUGGAUUUGUGUUUGGCUACCAGUCCAGCAGCCGUUUCUAUGUUGUGAUGUGGAAGCAAGUCACUCAGUCUUACUGGGACACCAAUCCCACAAGGGCUCAGGGGUACUCAGGCCUUUCUGUGAAGGUUGUAAACUCCACCACAGGGCCUGGUGAGCAUCUUCGGAACGCCCUGUGGCACACAGGAAACACCCCCGGCCAGGUGCGUACCCUGUGGCAUGAUCCUCGUCACAUAGGCUGGAAAGAUUUCACUGCCUACAGAUGGCGUCUCAGUCACAGACCAAAGACAGGUUUCAUUCGUGUGGUGAUGUAUGAAGGGAAGAAAAUCAUGGCAGACUCAGGACCCAUCUAUGACAAAACCUAUGCCGGUGGUAGGCUAGGGUUGUUCGUCUUCUCUCAAGAAAUGGUGUUCUUUUCCGACCUGAAAUAUGAGUGCAGAGAUUCCUAAUCAUCAAACUGUUGACCAAGAGACUGAUCCUAACCAAUGCUGGUAUUGCACCUUCUGGAACCAUGGGCUUAAGAAAACCCCCAAGAUCACUCCUCCCUGCCUGCCUUUGCUCUCUGCUUGCAUCAGUGUGGACUCCUAGAACAUGUGAUUUGCCUUAAGAAAAUGCAGUUUUCCAAAUCAGACUCAGCAUUCAGCCUCUGAAUGAGAAGACUCUUCCAAGAAUAUAAACAAUGACUUGGGUUUGCUUUGGAAAAAGCAAAAGCUUCCACGUGCUUCAGUUGGAAGGUGCCUGUCCCACUCUGCUUUUGUCAGAGUACAGUGCUCUUGUGAGGCCAGCUCUGAGCAGUGGACUCCAAAGCAUUUUCAGGCAUGAAGGGUGGACUCACUAGAAUUGACCAACAAAACCACCCCUGACCUCCUCCCUUGGGAAUAGGGGAAGCGGGGGCCAGAGCCCUGAGAGGAGGGCGCAUACCCAAGAGACAGAUGUAUGAAGAAAAUAUGGAGGAACUGUUACAUUUUCGGUACUAAAUCAUUUUCAGGGGAUUGAAAGACUUGCUGGAUUUCAUGAUGCUGGCCGGUGUUAGCUGAUUAACCCACGUAAAUAGGCACUUAAAUCAAAGCAGGGAAGGAAGGAAAAGACUGGCUUCUGGACUUCCUCCCUAUUUUCCACCCUUUACACAUCACCUGUAGUGACCAGAAUAGGGAGUCAGAAUUAAACCAGCAUUAAGGCAGUGCUGGCUGCCACUGCCUGGUUAUAUUGAAAUUGUUGGUUGAAUUCCAGAUGUAGCUUGUGCAGAUGUAGCAGGAAAAUAAGAAAACAUACCAUCUCAGUGAGCACCAGGUUGCCUCCCAAGGGCAGGGUAGCCGUGCUUAUAUUUUUAUGGUUAGAAAGGCACAAAAUGAUCAACUUAACUAAGACAUUCCUUUUCUCUCUUUUUUCCUGAAUAUCAUGGAGUUUUCCAAUGUUCUCUUUUGGACUGUAGUUUUGUUUUGUUUUUUUAAGAACACUUUACAAUGUAAAAUAUUUAUUUUUUACUUAUUCUGGAGGAUCUGUCUGAAAGACUAUUCAUGGAACAGGAAGAAGCGUAAGGACUAUCCAGAUCAUUUUUGCUACAAGUCUUCAUGACUGUAAGAUUGUAAAUACAGAUUAUUUAUUAACUCUGUUCUACCUGGAAUCUAGGUUUCAUAUGGAAAGUGUCUGAGAGCAGGUAGUUGAAACUGAUGGGCAAAUCUUCCACAGGAAAGGCACAAGGAAAUCAGCAUAGCAAGCUGUUCUGCACUUUGUGCUGAGAUUAAAUAAUUUGGGAUUCUUUUUUUUUCUUUCCUUUUUUUCUUUUUCAAGUGGAAUUACUUGGUUGUCCAUUUGCAAGUGUUUUUAGUUUGCAAAGAAAGCCAGGAGGCCUUUAAUACUGUUUUACCCCAUCCCUUGUGCCUAUUUCCAGGGAGACGAAAAGCAUCUACACUUAUUAUUUUUUUCCUUUUUCCAAAAGAAAAAAGAUGACAAAGGUGAAACUUGUAUACAAAUAUUACCUCAUUUGUUGUGUGACUGAGUAAAGAAUUCUUGGAUCAAGUGGAAAGAGUUUAAGUGUCUAACAAACUUAAAGCUACUGUAGUACCUAAAAAAAAAGUCAAUGUUGUAUAUAGUAUAAAAAUUCUUUGCAGAAAAAGUAUUCCCAAUAAGGAAAUAGCAUUGAAAUGUUAAAUACAUUUUCUGAAAGUUGUUUUUUCUCUCAUCUUGUAUACUGUUGCUUUAUUUUUAUAAAUUAUUUUCUCAUUGCCAUUGGAAUAGAUAUCUCAAGAUUGUGUAGAUAUGCUAUUUAAAUAAUUUAUCAGGAAAUACUGCCUGUAGAGUUAGUAUUUCUAUUUUUAUAAAAUGUUUGCACACUGAAUUGAAGAAUUGUUUGUUUUUCUUUUUGUUUUGUUGAUUUGUUUUUUGCUUGUUACCCCUCCCCCCAUUUUUACUAUUUGCCAAUACUUUUCUAGGAAUGUGCUUUUUUGUACACAUUUUUAUCCCAUUUUACAUUCUAAAGCAGUGUAAGUUGUAUAUUACUGUUUCUUAUGUACAAGGAACAACAAUAAAUCAUAUGGAAAUUUA